CAACGGUCGACGGCGUGCUUGUCCCACUGCCAACUGCACGUCUUCCAUGACCCAUGAACAACAACAAUCGCUCCAGCGUCAACGGAAAACCAGGCGCUGCAUUUGCAUUUAAGCCUCGGACCAACCUCUCCUCCAGGGAGCCACCAAGCUUUUUUAAAACACCUCGCAACUUCAAGCCAGCAUUCGACGGCGACGCUCUCCGACAUAUCGGCCCUAUGGUAAACGAGCGCGCGCCGCCGAAGGCGCCCCUGCAGCCUCUCAAUAACUCUGAGAAUGCCUCAGGGAGUCAACCGAAAAGGGCGGCAUCCCCUGACGACGACGAUGUCGCGGCCUUGAUCAGCCACAAGGGCUGGGACUCCAUCAAGAGUAAAUAUCGAGACCUGUCAGCCGGAUCCACGAACCACCCGACUUUCGGACACCCAACGAAGAUGGUGUCGUCUCGUAAGCAGAGGGCGAACAUUUUCAUUCAGCAGAAGAGUCGACCCGAGCAUCACCUCGGCGGUACCAAGAUUAAUGGGCCACAACAGCCGAGCUACCAAGAUCGCAAACCCCCACCCAUGCCCGUCUUCAAUUCGAAUGCCCCACCCCGCAAAGCGGCCAGCAACUACGACGAUGAGGUAUUCUACACAGAUCCGAACAAGGCAAGCUCCGACCUCAAGGCCCUUCUCGAGGGCGGGAUGGACGACGACGAUGACGCCGAGGAGACGCCAAGUCCGUCCGAGGGGAACAAGGACGCGCCACUUGAGCCAGCCGCCGCCGUAUCAAGUUCGGCUAUAUCCUCAGAUGCAACCAAAACAGACCAGCCGAAAAAGUUCCGCAUUGGCGAUGACGGCGUGGUGAACGGUCUCAAGGUGAAGUUACUGCCGCAUCAGGUGGAGGGCGUUAACUGGAUGCGUGGUCGCGAGCUCGGCCCGGUUAAGCGAGGCAAAGUGCCCAAAGGCGGGCUCCUCGCCGACGACAUGGGACUGGGCAAGACGCUGCAGACAGUAUCGGUCAUUUUGACCCAACAGAAGCCCAAGAAGGACGAGCCUGGCUGGAAGAAACACUUCGAAGGCAUCCAGAAAACGACACUUGUUGUCGCUCCACUUGCGCUUAUUCGGCAGUGGGAGCAGGAGAUCAAUGACAGAGUUGCGAAGACACACCGGCUUAAGGUUCUGGUACACCACGGGCCGCAGCGGACCAAGAAUUUCAAGGACCUGGCGAUGUACGACGUGGUCAUUACGACGUAUCAGAUUCUGGUUUCUGAGCACGGCCAUUCAUCAGAUGCAGAAGAUGGUCUCAAAGCUGGUUGCUUUGGUCUUCAUUGGUGGCGAGUUGUCUUGGAUGAAGCCCACACCAUCAAAAACCGCAAUGCAAAGUCCACCAAGGCGUGUUACGCCCUACGUUCAGAGUACAGAUGGUGUUUGUCUGGCACGCCCAUGCAGAACAACCUCGACGAGCUGCAAUCACUUGUCAGGUUUUUGCGCAUCGCUCCAUAUGACAACAUAAAGCAAUGGAAAGAACACAUCGACGCUCCUCUGAGGAAUGGCAAAGGCCACAUUGCGAUCCGCCGCCUUCACACCAUUCUGAGGUGCUUUAUGAAGAGAAGGACAAAGGAAAUUCUCAAAGAGGAUGGCGCUCUGAACCCAGGUGGCAAGCCCUCUGGUGACGGAGAAUCGACAACUGGAUUCAGACAUACGAAUAGAAAUGUUGUCACCGUCGCGGCAGAAUUGGCGCCUCAGGAGCGACGAUUUUACGACCGUUUGGCAGCCAGAGCCGACCAGAAGAUGGAGGCGAUGAUGAAGGAAAAAAUCAGUUACGCCAACGCCUUUACCCUCCUCCUACGCCUGCGCCAAGCUUGCAACCACCCGAAGCUGGUGGAAGGCAAACUAGAAAAGGACAAGGACGCCAUGUCUGUCGGAUCGAGCCAGAGAUCUCAAGACACAGAUGUAGAUGCCAUGGCGGAUUUGUUUGCAGGAAUGGGGAUCGAAACCAAGAGCUGCAGUGUCUGUGGUCGGGAAUUAGGCUCUGUUGACGUGGAGCUCGGACGAGACAACUGCGCAGAAUGUCACGAUGACCUAGAGUACUUCAAGUCCCAUGCAAAAGCCGGAAAGAAGAUGAAGAAAUCCCGAAAGAGCAAGAAGAAGACGAAGGUCUCGAAGCACAGGAGCGCGAUGCGGUCAGAGGCAAAGCAGGAACAACGACCAGAUGGAGAAGGUGGGAACCCACCUCCACAGGCACGACGUCGACCUCGAAACCGAAACGCCAUUAUCGACAGCGAUGAUGAGGAUGAGGGUGAGGGCAGCUGGCUCGUAGGAGAGGCAGAGCGCGGCCCGCUCGACCUGGGCAAGGCGGGAGGAGAAGAGGAUGAGAACGCCGAAGGCGGUGGUGAUUGGCUGGGCUCCGAAGACUCCGCGGACGAGACACUUGACGACAAGGAUCAGAGCAAUCUCAGCAGCUUUGUCGUGGACGACGAGGCAGCCAAGAAGGAGGACGGGUAUCGGUCUAUCGACGAGGCAUCGGAUGACGACUCAUUGCUGUCUGUAUCGGCUUUGACAAAGCAGAUGGCAUCCCAGACACUCGAGGACAAGCCCAAGAAGCCUGCAGCCUUGCCGCGCACUACUCUAUCUGCUGGCGCCUCUGCCUCUGAGGAUGAGACUGACGAAUCGGAUUCCCACGCUGCUAGCUCUGAGGAUGAUGAUUCCUCUUCUGACGAUGGCUUUCAUCAAUCGUGGCCCCUCAAGACCGACAAGGUCGUCGCGUCUGCUAAGAUCCGGGAACUCAUCAAGAUCCUGCAGGCCGAGGUGCAGGAGCACAAGUUCAUUGUCUUCUCGCAGUUCACCUCAAUGCUCGACUUGGUGGAGCCGUUCCUUCAUGAUGAAGGAUUCGAGUUUACGAGAUACGACGGCAGCAUGAAGAAUGACGCACGCGAAGAGAGCCUCCGCCGACUCCGGGAGGACAAGAGUGUUCGGAUCCUGCUGUGCAGUUUGAAAUGCGGCAGUUUGGGCCUGAACUUGACAGCGGCGACGAGGGUCGUCAUUAUCGAGCCGUUUUGGAAUCCGUUUGUCGAGGAGCAGGCUAUCGACCGCGUCCAUCGCCUCACGCAGACCGUCGACGUCACCGUCUACAGGCUCACCGUCGCGGCCACGGUCGAGGAGCGCAUCAUCGAUCUGCAGAACAAGAAGCGCCUGCUGGCCGAGCAGACCAUCGAGGGCGGCGCCAAGAACGGCGGCAAGGGCCUCAAGCUCGCCCUCGAGGACAUUGUCGACCUCUUCAAGCCCGGCGGCUACCAGCACGACGACCCAGGCGCCCAGGGCGAUGACGACUACGGCGCCGAGGCCGAGGAGCGCCGCCGGGCGCUCCAGGGCAUGAACCUGCUGCGCCGGAAGCCCGUUAGGCAGGAGAGCGCGAUAUACGGGCGGAGGUGGGACUAGCAGAAGGGGGCCUGCGUGAGCACGAUCGUUAUUUUCAUUAGGGGGACUAAUAAGAAGCGCUGGCGUUUGUGGGCGUGUGGGUUUAGAACCAGACGGAACUGGCCGGUUGGGGUUUUGCUCUCGUAGAGAGAAGGUGUGCACAUAAACAGCGGCUAUUAAACGGCAAGCAGGAGAGUUUUGCAACGAAUGGAUGUAGAUGGCUUGUGGCAUUAGAACAACAUACGGCAACGAUAGAAGCUGGUCUCCGCUGGCAUGUCUGGCAC